CAUCGAUAGAUUCGCAUUAUUUCUCCGCAUGUACUGUUCUCAGCAUGAAACUUCAUAGAACUUUCCCCGACGCUUUUCGGCCCGGCCGCACUCCGGGCACUCUUCAGGAGAUGCCUCUGAUCAGAAAGUCAGGAGAAGAAGGAAGGAGAAAGAGGGAAGAGGAGGAGGAGGAGGAGGAGGAGGAGGAGGAGGAAUCUAUCGAUGCUUGGGCAAAACAUGAUGACGGAGUUUGUGUGGAAGAAGUGGUUUGUGGAAUAACGAGAGGGGUAACGGAUGAAGACAAAAUCUGGGAAGGUAGGAGUGGUGAAGACAGGGGUGGUAGAGUAGUCGAAAGGUGGGUAAUAGACGUAGAUAAAACCAGGGGAAAUAAUGGCGGUGAAGACAGAGGGGAUGAAAGUAGGGGUGGUGAAGUGGCUGAAGCAGAGACAGGGGGGGCAGUCGUAGGUGAGACCCGAAGAGGGGACUCUGCAAGUGGUAAUGCAGGCAUGAGCACGGACGCUAUGGAGGAACAGACCGAGAUCAAGGGCGACACAACAGCUGCGGUGGUCACGGAUGCCAUGGAGGAACACACCGAGACCAAGGGCGACACAACACCUGCGGUGGCCACGAAAGCCAUGGAGGAAUACACCGAGACCAAGGGUGACACAUCAGCUGCGGGUCGAGUUGCUCCCGCGGAAUCAAUCAUAAAAGCAACCAAGGCCGAUGAGGAAGAGGCUGCGAACCCAAAAGGGGCAGCCAGGGUAACAAACGACAUGGAAGGGGUACUAAAACUGAUGAGGAUGCAAGUGCGACAGACACAGGGGGAGGGUCGUGAAGAUGAUGAGGGGGAGGAGCGGGAGGAUUUGUGGGUGGCGAGGGUGCAGGAGCAUAAUGAGGGCAUAAUUGCCACUUUGCAGGAAUUAUCGUUGCAUCAACAAAAUAUUGAGAAGAUUGAGUUACUCGGGCAGCUAUGUCGACAUCUACAGAUCUUAUAUCUUCAGAAUAACUUGAUAUCCAGACUAGAGAAUUUGCGACGCCUCAAGGAGCUGCAAUACCUCAACCUAGCUGUCAACAACAUAUCCAAGAUUGAAAAUCUGGAAGGAUGCGAAUCCCUGGCAAAGCUGGACCUUACGCUAAACUUCAUCGCCAAGCCAGGACUUCUAUCAAUCGAACGGCUGCAGCACAACACCAACCUUCGCGAGUUGUAUUUGAUCGGAAAUCCUUGCUUGGAUAUUGAAGGAAGUAAAAAUUUCAUUAUCGCAUCAAUUCCAUCACUUGAGCGUCUGGACGGCAAGGAUGUACUUCGAUCGGAUCGGAUAGUCGCUUUGCAGGUAUAAUAUUCUGCACUGGCUACAGUGGCUAGUGCUUUUUUCUCUUUUUUCUUUCUUGGUUCUUUAAUGAUCUUCGUACUGCGCACAUGAGCCACCGGCCUACAGGAGAACAAACAUCUGUGCACCGU